UUUUGCUACUGUUGAGCAGCUAAGCUGGAAAGCGCCCAGGUCAACAUCAUCAGGAGAAGGCAUAACCUCCCUAACUGCCUGCCUGGAGGCAGUUGUCGCAUGAGGACAGCUGGGAAACACCCCAGCGGCACGCUGUCUUAGCUGGAGGGAGCACUGCCGAACUUCCUGUGGUGGCCAGUGGAGGAGGAACAGAUAUCUAUCUUGGGACCAGGCAACUGAGAUGAAUGAAAGGAUGAAUCCCUAUAUUUCUACAAAGAAUAAAAUCUACACACAAGAAGGCCAUCAUUAAUAACGUUUUAUAGAGGGUUCUCAACCAUAAUCCGCUGAAAGUCAUUGAUGAUACCUGAUUUUACAAGCUUCCCUCACUGAAACUUCUAGACCUUAGUUCCACAGAAAUGACCCCAAAGAUACUGGAGGCCCUGCUCCAGUCAUCCCUGCAAUUGAAGACUCUCAUCUUGCCUAACAAGAUGUGCUGCUGUCUUUGCGGUAUGAAGGAUGACACUGAAGUUUUGUCUGAUACGAUUAAGUUGGACUGCACCGACACAUGUACCACGAACGAAUCUCUCUGCGAGAAAGAUGAGGCUUUGAACAGGAUGCAAAAAGAAGUCAUGAAGGCGUUGGAAAUCAGGAAGCUGAAUGCCAGCAGUACACUGAACAUUGUGCCUGAGAAACUUUUACACAGCAACAUAACAAUGAAGGUCACCGUGAGGCAGAGAAACACCAAUUUAGGUGAACUCAACCCACACCUUUUGAAAUCGGUCCAGGAAUUAGGUAAGCUGAAACCUGAAGAGGUCCUGCAAAUCAAGUGGAAUGACACGUCUGAACUGAAAAAGCUGUACAUGCUGGCCAAUUUGCUCCAGAUGGCUCUUACAGAACAAGUUAUGGAAGAUAAAAGGGGCAGGCAAGGGGAACCUCGCCAAAUAGCACGCCGGUCUGCUUGGAAGUGGUCUGUUAUGCAGUUCACAACUAGCUUCCCCUUUUUGACAGCUUCCAUCAUGGUGGAUAAUGACGCUGCUGACUUGACUGGCCGAGUACUUAUCAUUCUGAAACAUUUCAAUGAGUCAAGCCAUCAAGACCACUCUCUGCAUGAGGAAGAAACAGCGGCUCCCAGUACCACUACCACCCCCACUACCACCCCCACUACUACCACAACUACUACCACUAGCACCACUAGUCCUACUAGUCAGAGUUUGCUGCUGGAAGGUACGUCCGGCUCUUCCAAAAAUGAACCUAGUGAAGGAAACUCAGAGCAGACAUCAGAUAAUGCACCAUUAAUGGCAAAGGAGGCGCUGCUCAACCAGCUCAUGCAUGGAACUCAGGAAGGUGGUGUGCCCCAAAUCCCAGGAGAUAACGCAGAGGCACCCCAAAUCCCAGGAGAUGACACAGAGGCCUCCUUAAACGAAAUCUCCCCUGAUAUAACAUUGUCCCAUGAGACACACUGGGAGCAUCAUGAACUGAAGACCACUGCUCGCCACAAGCUGAACAUCUUGCCCACUGAUGAUGACUACUUGCUUCAAGGGGACCUUUUUGAAGCUGAGCUGAACAAGCGGCUAUCACCCCUUAUCCCAAACACACCAGUGAGGAACCUCAUAUCCCACACACUCCGUAUCCUCAAAAUGGACUGCACAGUGUCCAGGGUCCAGCUGGCCUGUGCUAAGUUCAUCUCCAGAACAGGUCUCCUCAUGAAACUAUUCAGUGAGAGAGAAAACCUCAUGGAUAACUCCGCCUUGUGGAAGUCAUACUUCUUGUCUAUGAAGAAUGUCUCCAACUUGGCCACAGGAAGUCCAAGAAAACUGGGGAAAUCUGAGAUCUGCUCUCAGCGUUCUGCAGCUAAGCAUGGCACCCCUCAAGAAAAACGGACGUUUCUGGGCAGAAAGAAGAAAGGAGCAGAACAGUCUUCCAGUGCAGGUUCUUCAGUGCUCGAUAAGCCUCUUUGGCUCAAGGAUAUGUACCAGCCUCUGGAUGAAGUACGGAAAAAGAGCAUGGUGGACAAAAUGCACGAUGAAGAAUCCUCUGAAGACGAGGAUAUAUUCAGCUGGGCAAGAGUUCCCGGAGCUCCACGAGGUCCACCAAGCCCAUCACCAGUAGAACAACCGCCUUCAAGAAGGCCCAGCUCAAGAAAAAUGUCACAAAUGACUGCACCGUCCCCUGCUAGAAAGCCCAGUUCCAAGACACUGUCUGCACAUCCGUCCCUCUUUGCACCUCAGUCCGCACCUCCAUCUGUGCCUCCAUCAAUGCCCAUGUAUAUGUCUCCGUAUGUACCUCCAUCUGCAACUCCAUCCAUACAUCCAUACGUACCCCCAUCAGUAUCUCCAUCCAUCCAUCAAUCCGUACCUCCAUCCGAAUAUCAGUCCGUACCUCCGUCUGCACCUCACUCCGCACGUCCGUCUGUACAUCAGUCCGCACCUCCGUCCGCACCUCCCUCUGCACCUCACUCCGCACGUCCGUCUGUACCUGCAUCUGUGGAAGGAGCUCCGCACACACCAUCACCAAAAUCAUCAUUGACAAAGCCCCCCAGUGAACCUUCAAAACGAGGAUCGACGGCAGAAGGUGGCGCUAGCACAGAGUCAAAGAAAGCAAGUUGGGGUGCAGGAAGCGAAGCUGGAGGAAGCAAAGCUGGAGGAAGUGAAGGUGGAGGAAGCGCAACGGAAGAAGACUGACCUUUGUUCGUUUGUAAAUAAUGUUAUAUUAUCUGUAGAGCUCUGUACAAAGUUCUGUUGUUAUUAUUACUAUAAUCAUAAUACUAUUAUUAUUAUUAUUAAAUACAUAACUCCAAAAGACACA